AUGCAGGGCUCCUCUUCUGACGACAACGGGAUGGCUGCGCACGGCGGCGCCGCCGGUGGCGCCGGCGCCGGCCUAUUGGCCGCCCACCGGCCGCAGUCCGACUCCGCGGGAGAACAUUCCGAGGACCGUUCCGACUCGGAGGAUGAUGGCGACUCGGAUGACGACGAUUCAGACGGGGAUUCGGAUGACGAGGAGGAGGAUGAUUCCGACGAUGGCGAUGAUGAUGACGGGCAUGGCGGGCACGAGGCAGAGAUGGGCGGGCAGGGGGUGGACGGGGAAGAAGGGCGCCCCGGGGUACAUCCGGUGUUUCAGCAGACCAUGGACGCCGGCGCCGCGGCUGGCAUCGGGUUGGGAGGGGGUGGCGGGGAAGGGUGGAUUGCUCGAGGGGCUACGGCGGAGCAGCUGUCUCUGUGGGGGGUGCAGCCGCCGCCGGGCCUCGCGAGACAGUACGCGACGCGGCACGGGGAGCGUGGGGGAGGAAUGAACAUGAUGACCAUGAACGACUUCAUGGAGAGCGACGCCGCUCUGAACCAGAUGCUUCGCUCCGUCACUCCCCAAGGCGCGGGCGGCGCCGGCGCCCCUCCCCUCGUCCGCGUUGUUCGCGGGACCGGCGGGGCAGACACGGGUUGGACUGAGAUGAUCGCACAUGACCUUCAUGCGGCAGCGCCAGGGCCUUCCCACAACACCACCAGACUCUUCCCGGACGGCCCGUCGGCGGCCACCCAGGCGCACGCCGCCCCCGUCGUGCACCCGCUCCUCCUGAGGCACGUCAGGGCGCCGGGCAGCACGGGCAGCGGCGGUAGGAGCAGCGGCCGGGGCGGCCGGGGCAACCGGGGGGGCGGCGGUAACGGCGGCGGCGGCGGCGCGGCCGGUGGUCGGCAGCAGUCGGUGCUCGGAAUGCUGCCGAACGAGCGGCUGAUCUGGGAGAGCCACGGGGUACCGGUGGGGGGUGGCGCUGGCGGCGGCGGCGGCGGCGGGGUGGUUGGUAUGCCGGAGCAAACUCUUGUGGACGCCAUCGAGGGUCUCAACCUGGUGGUCCCCGCCGAUGCCGCCGGCUCCGCCACCCGCCGCCUGAUGCAGGGCGGGGCGACCGUGGUGCCCCCCCCGCCACCCGGGGGCGUUUUCGCGGCGGGUGGCGGCGGCGGGCGAAUGCCCAACGGGGGGCGUUGGACCGACAACGGGCAGCCGCUCCCCCUGGCGGAGGGGAGGACGGUGAUCCCGAUGUUGGCCCAAGGGGACCAGGCGUUUUUCGCCCUUUUGCUCCCUUCCCACGCGCUGAAAGGCGGCGGCGGCGGAGAGGCUGGGGCUGCCGCGCCCCGCCCGGGGGCGGGAGCGGGAGCUGGUGGCCCUAGAGAGAGCGCGAUGGAGUCGGUGGCGGCGGCGGAGGCGGCGGCGGCGGCGGCGGCGGCGGCGGAGGCGGAGGUGGCGGCGGCGGAGGCGGUGGUGGAGGUGGCGGCGGCGGAGGUGGCGGCGGCGGAGGCGAGAGCGAGGGUUGCAGGCGAAGCAAGGCUUGCGGCGAGGGCGGCGAGGGCGGCGAGGGCGGCGGCGGCGACGACGGCUAUGGCUGUGGAGGACACGGCUUCAGUCUCCGAAGGAGAAGCGGUUGCCGCCCUGGCCUCCUCGUUGUCGUUGUCCCCCCGCCGCGAGCCGGCCGGGGAAACGGCAACGACUCCGGCGGUGACGGCAGCAGGUAGCGACGCCGGAGCCCCGCCCACCGCCGGUUCACUGGAGACUCGGGGGGCGGCGGAGGAGGGCGGCAACGACGGCGCCGCCGGCGCUGGCUUUGCCCUCCUGCUCCAACAGGAGGACCAAGCCGAGCUCCUGGAAGCUGCCGGGCUUGACCCCGAGGCUCUCGCCGCUUUGCCCGCCGACAUGAGGCGGGAGGUAUUGGAACAGGAGGCCCGCAACCGCCGCAUGAGGGAGGCUCCGGGGAAUGCGGGGGGACCGGUGGACCCGUCCCGGGCGUCGGAGAUGGACAACGCCUCCUUCGUGGCGACGCUGCCGCCGGAGCUGCGGCGCGAGGUCCUGCUCAGCGCCGACGACGCGCUGCUCAGCACGCUGCCGCCGAACCUCGUGGCCGAGGCGAUGGUCAUGCGGGAACGCAUCCCCCACCAGGCGGAGUUCCAAGCGGCGCAGGCGGCACAGGCCGCGGGGUAUGCAUCCGGAGUUAGGGCCGGCGCAGCGGCGGCCGCGGGGGCGGGCGGCGGCGGGGGCGGCGGCGGCAGCGCGGCCCGGGGCUCGUCAGGCGCUCAGACCGGGAGCAGGGGAGGCGGCGCCACGAACGUUGCAUCGGCGGCGCAAGCGAUAGGCGCGGCUCGCCAGGCUCUGAGGAACACGCACGAGGGAGAGUGGAAGCUGGAGGCGGACCUCAAGGGCUCCGACACGACGCCUCCUCAGGUGCCCCGCGAGACGGUGGUGAUGUUGAUCCGCCUGCUGCACCUCCUGACGCCGAUCAGACCCCACCGACUCCUACAGCGCACGGUGCUCAACCUAUGCGCCGGGCACCCGCUCGUCAGGCGGGCGGUCGUCCAAGCGUUGGUCCACAUGAUCAAAUCAGACCCACACCGACUACGGCUAGCGCUCCAGCAGGCAGCCGCGCAGGCUAAGCAGGAUGAGGGGGAGGAGGUGGCGGAGGAGGAAGACGCACCCAUGACGUCGCCAGCAGUGAAGGGCAAGGGCGUGGCGGAUGAGGACGAGGUUAUGGAUGACACCGACAACAACAACAACGGCGGUGCCCCCGGCGGUGCCGGCGUGGGAGGGCCGCCUUCUAUUGCCGCAGGUGGUGACGGCGGUGGUCGCGGGGGAGGCGGUGGGGCCAGGGGGCGUGAGCGAGGCGCGCCUGACCCAGGCGAUCCCUCUCAAGCUAAGACGCCGGAGGCGACGGCGGCAGCAGCCGGAGCAGCUGCUCCUCCGCCAGCAGCAGCGGGAAGCUCCGAUUCCGCGGCGCCCCCGAGUGCGCCGUCGCCGCGGCCGGCGGAAGGCGCCGUGGAAGAGGUGGUGGCGGCGGUCGCGGCGGCGGCGAUCGGGGACGAGGGCGGGUCGAGCGACGGGGGCGGGUCCUCCGCUGCCGCUGGCGGCGGCGGCGGCGGCGGCGGCGGCGGCAGGGGCGGGGGAAGGAUGCGGCGCCGGGAGAGUCUUCAGCGGAUGACGGCCAUGCCCGGGGCGCGCUUCCGCCAGAACGUGCCCCGUAACAUGCGGCCGCUGGUGGAGGAAGAUGAGGAAAAGCAGGGCACGCCGGAGAGCCAGAGGCUCGGCCGCUUCGUGGCCCGGCACAAGUCUCUGCUGAACGCGCUACUCCACCAGAACCCGACCCUGCUCGACAAGAGCCUGUCGGCCAUGGUGCACAACCCUCGCUGCAGGCAGCACCUGGACUUCGAGAACAAGCGGGCUUUCUUCAGGUCCCAGCUCCGGCGUCUCCGGCAGCACUCCACGAGGCGGUACGGGUCCCUGCGCCUGACGGUACCCCGCAGCCAGGUGUUCGAGUACUCGUUCCACCAGCUUAGGGUGCGCAACGCGGAGGAGAUGCGGGGUCGUCUUCACAUCACCUUCCAGAACGAGGACGGCAUCGACGCCGGCGGGCUUACCCGAGAGUGGUACUCCAUCCUGGCGAGGGACAUCUUCAACCAGAACUACGCCUUGUUCAUCGCCGCUGCGGACGGGGCUACCUUCCAGCCCAACCCGGUGUCCCACGUUAACUCCGAGCACCUGGCGUACUUCAAGUUCGUGGGUCGGAUCGUCGGCAAGGCUAUCGCGGACGGGCAGGCGCUCGACGCGCACUUCACGCAGUCCUUCUACAAGCACAUCUUGGGAGUGACGGUGACGCACCUGGACAUGCAGGCGAUCGACCCGGACUACUACAAGAACCUUCUCCAGAUCACCUCCCUGCCUCUCGAGGACCUUGGCCUCGACCUAACCUUCAGCGCCGACACGGAAAUGUUCGGGAGACACGAGGUGGUGGACCUGAUCCCCAACGGGCGCAACGUGAUGGUGACGGACGAAAACAAGCUCGAGUACGUGCAGCGUAUCACGCACCACCGCAUGACCAAUUCCAUUCGCGGCCAGAUCGAGGCCUUCCUCGAAGCCAAUCGUCUCGGAGGGAAGGGCGGAAAGAAGGAUAGAAAGACCAUCAGUGUUGCCACGAACAACACCGAGUACACCAACUUCAAGACGGCGGACAAGGAGAUCCAGUGGUUCUGGAACGUCCUCCGGUCGUUCAGCAGGGAGGACCUGGCCCUGUUCCUGCAGUUCGUCACCGGGACGUCGAAGGUACCGCUGGGAGGGUUCGCGACCCUGCAAGGAAUGCGGGGUAUCCAGAAGUUCAACAUCCACAAGGCGUUCGGCGGCAGCCACCUCCUGCCCGCCGCCCACACUUGCUUCAACCAGCUGGACCUGCCCAAGUACACGAGCGAGGAAAUGACGAGAGAGCGCAUCCUGCUGGCUAUCCACGAGGGGUCGGAAGGGUUCGGUUUCGGGUGA